UAGCAGGUCUAGAAAAAAGACUCAAAUCAAAUAGAAAUAAACAAAUUCAGUUGUGAAGUUUUUCUGAGCUGUGAGCUAUUCCGAAAAUGCCAAAAUUCUUUAUCAGAAAUCAGAAUCGCUUCCGCGAAGGCAAUGAAGCCAUUUCCCAUGAUGUAACCAAUAUGGAACCCGUGCCGAAACCCGAUACCGGAAACAGUAACACUAAAGCGACUGCUGAUAAGACAAAUAAAUCGAAGCUUACCUUCCACUACGGCAGCAGAACGCAGACCGACGACUGGCUGAAGAGUGACGAUUUACCCAUCGUGUUGAGGCGCCAGUUGGAGGAGCGGAACGGGCGCCAGUUGAUGGACAUUCAGCCGGAGAGCGAGUGUGAGAGCGAGAACGAUGAGUUCAGCCACACCAUCUGGGAAAUGGAGAAGCCGUGCCAGACCCGAGACCCAGGCAAGAAGCGAAACGGUGCCAAAAUAAGCUACAUCCGGGUGACCAAGGGCAACAAGCGCGUCUGGGUCAAGGACAAGCAAUCCAAGCUGCUCCAAAAGAAGCCAUCUGCCAUUGCGGAACCGCCGCCGACCAAGAUUACGCGUCGCACCAAGCAGAAGGGAGAGCAGUUCCAGUGCAGCGACUGUGACAAAAUCUUCAAUCACUCCUGGAUGCUGGUGGCCCACAAGCGCACUCACACGGGCGAGCGUCCGUUCGCCUGCCCCGAGCCAAAGUGCCAGAAGUCUUUCGCCGAUCGCUCCAAUUUGCGCUCGCAUCAGCGCACCAAGGGCCAUCACACCUGGGACUAUCAGUGCGGCCAGUGUGGCAAGUAUUUCAAUCAAGAGAACUUUCUGAAGCGUCACACACUGGACGCCUGUCGCAAGUAUUUGCUGAACAUAACACAUAAGAAGCCAUGAACGGUGGCAUUAGGAAUUUUAUUGGGCAGCAAUUUGAAUGAUUUUUUACAUUUUACAUUAGAUUAUAAAAACAAUUUUUGUGCCA